ACAAGUAUCAGUUUUUAUCGCCGCCACCCAAUUAGCCCCUCACUCGUUGCACAACUUCUGACAACCACGUCACCUAUAAAAGGCUUGCAUCCCAAACAAGUCUCCAAGUCCACAACGAUGAGAACAGCAAUCGUAUUAUCGACUUUAAUAGCGCUAAGUGCAACCGUGCAACUACCGCCGAAUUUCCAAAAAUGCAACCGAAAACAGCCCGACUUCAAAGAAUGCGUGUUCAAAGCGGCCCAAAACGCCGUCCCUCAGCUAACUAGACCCUACGACGACGUGAACCUACCCAGCCUGAAACCGCUGCACCUGACGGAGCUGACCAUAGGCGGGAACGAUGGGCCGGUGAGUCUCCAGCAAAAAUUCAAAAACUGCGACCUGUUUGGGCUGGAUACUAUGAAACUGGACAGUUUUGAGUUUGAUUUUGAGAAAAAGGAGAUGAGGUUGGCCGGGGUGAUCCCGGAGGUCCGGAAAUUGUGUCAGUAUGAGGUGAAAGGGCAGGUGUUGCUGUUGAAGGUUAAUGGAAGAGGAGACAGUACGAUUAUUUUGAAGGGGUUGAACGUCACGGAUUCGCUUCCUUUCGAGUACAAGAAGAAGAAGGAUAAGAUGUAUAUUCAUUUCACGGCUAGUUCGGUGACCCUUAAUCCGGAGCGCGUGGUCUACGAUUUCAGGAAUUCGGACGAUAAGACGUUGAGCGAUGCGAUUAAUCCUGUGUUGAAUGAGAACUGGAAGGAUGUUUUUGACGAUGUUAAAAGCGACUACGAGAAGUUGAUAGACAAGAUUAUUCUGACUGUGGCGAAUAAUUUGUUUUCGAAGGUGUCGGUAGAGGAGGCUUUCGAUUAGUGUUUGUGAGGUCAAUAAUAAACACUUGAUGGUA